CGGCCACGCCGUCCCCUCCCAAAACCCUAUACCACUCUUAGGGUCGCCGCCGCCAUGGCCUCCUCCCCCUCCCAUAUCGCCAUCGAGGCCGCUAUCAACGGCAACCUGCGCCUCGUCAAGAGUAAGCGCCGCGCGCUCUCUCUCUCCCCGAACACUCGCGCGGCUCGGUGUUGUGCACUGCGGACGGAUUCGGCCGGGCUGGCCGCAAGUCCGUGAUCCUCCGCGAAAUUGGAGCGAGCUUCGAUUUAAAUGGCGAGGAAGGUGGACCUGCGGGGAGCCAAGGACGCGAAAGGGGACACCGUGCUCCACUUCGCCGCGUGCAAGGGCAGCCUGGAGAUCUGCAGGUUCCUGGUGGAGGACUCCGGGCUCGAUGUCGAUUCGGCGUCGAAAACAGGCGAGACGCCCAUGGUCUACGCCGCGCUUGCGGGGAAGGUCCAGGUUAUGAGGUACCUCCUCGACCGCGGCGCCGACCCGGCCGUCCGUGACGACAACGGCUCGACGCCGCUGCACUAUGCGGCAGAGGAAGGGCACUGCGAAGCUGUAAGGCUGUUGCUGUCCAAAGGAGUCCCCGUGGACCCUGUUGAUCACCGGGGCGCGCCGUUACAGUUGGCGGUUGCAAAGGACCGUGUCGAGGUUGUGAAGCUUCUGUUGGAGCAUGGGGCUGAUCCAAACAAAUUGGUCAAUCAUAUCCUUACACCACUCCUGAUGGCUGUCAUUAGGAACUCCUUGAAAUGCAUGAAGCUACUGAUUGAGGCGGGUGCUGAUCUGAAUGCUCGUGGUAACUCUGGACCAACUCCUUUAACACAAGCAGUUGAUGACGGUUCCACCGACUUUGUCAAGUUGCUCCUAGAGGCUGGAGCUGACCCUAACAUUCCUAGCGAGCAUGGUGCAAUUCCAGUCGAGCUAGCAGCAGUUCAUGGCCGAUGUGACCUUGUUGAAGUUCUAUUUCCUAGGACAAAACCAAUUCCAUCUCUGCCAGAUUGGAGCGUUGAUGGGAUAAUUAGAACCGUGAAGUCUCCGCUUAUGAAUCAUCUUCAGGCCUCGGUUUCUGUGGAAGAAAAAAUUGCGUUUUGGAAGUCACAAGGAAAGGAAGCAUUUGCAAAGGAGGACUACCUUACAGCAAUGACCUUCUAUGGCAAGGUACUUGACACAGAUCCAUCUGAUGCCACCAUGUAUGCCAACCAGAGCCUCUGCUGGCUGCGUAUGAGACAUGGGAAGCUAGCUCUGGAAGACGCGCUCAAGUGCAGGAUGAUGCGGCCCCGUUGGUCCAAGGCCUGGUAUCGUCAAGGCGCAGCCCUCAGCUUCAUGAAGGACUACGAGGGCGCCGCUGACGCGUUCCGGGUGGCGCUGCAGCUCGACCCUAAGAAUGAAGAGAUUAAGGAAGCGCUGAGGAAGGCCGAGAAGGCUGUGGAGGAGCCGCAGCGCGGGUAAGAUAAGCAACUACCGUUGCUCGUAUGUUAGGAUGUGUUGCGCUGGGGAGGCAGCCGGUUUCAAACUCUGCUCGAUCAGAGGCCCCGAUUUCGUCGGCAGUUACAGGGGCGAGACCUCGUUCUUUCUGACAGCAUUAUCUUAGGUGGGUGAUGUGUUGUGUUGUACAUAUAGCCUAAAUAGAUAGAUUGAUUUUGUGACGAUGAUGGUGACUGGCCAGGCGAAAAAUGCAUAGCUAGUACUAACAGUAGCUGCAUUCUGUUAUUUUUUCGCCCCAAUGAAAUGUAGAGGUUAGUGAUUGAACCAUUUUCUUGUUUGAUUUUAUUGCAGUUGCGCAACUAAA